UUUCGUGUUCGCCUGGAAUUAUUACGCAUUGUCCGAAAAACUGUGUACAGGUACGCCAUUUGUUAGUCAGCAUUUUCGAAUGCAAUAACAUGAUUGUUUAGCUUUUUUUCGUAUGUGAUAAGAAACUUAUAAACCCGAUCUAACAAAUUAAUUCCUACGAAGACAACCGCUAUAUGAUAUGUUAUUAAUCAGAGCGCCAUUGACGCUCAUGAUAUGAACGUCACGAAAAUCUCGUAAUUUACAUGUUGUAUUCUUACAUCGGAAAUCAUCUCUAAAACUAGAAGUUCUGAAACGUUACGAAAACCACGCAGUUGACUUAUCAAACAGAAUCAAAGCGCUUGAAAUUUUCACCGGAAAAUCGUUCCUCCCGAAAGCGUAAGUCGCCAAAAAAUGGAAGAGCGCGCGACCUCCAAGCAGAAGGACUUGUCUAUCCUAGGACUGACUGCAUAUGCCGUGGACGAGUCGUUUAUCAAGUGCCCCAUGUGUCUGGACCGCUACACGCGCCCCAAACUGCUCAAGUGCCUCCACACGCUGUGCGAGCAUUGCAUCACUGUCCACAUACAGCACGCCGCACGGAAUAAACAGGUAACGCACCGCGAAUUUCCCUGCCCUAAAUGUCACGCCCUGACGAAUGUCAUCAAACCGGAACUGCCGCUGGACAAGUGGGCGGAGACACUUCCGGCCAACACGAUGAUGGAGGCUCUGCUCGAGUCCAUAUCGCUACAGGUGGACGACAAGCUCUGCGGCACGUGCGAGGAGGGUGGCGAAAACACGCUGGCCUCCUACUGGUGCCGCGACUGCGCGGAGCCGCUCUGCGACAACUGCCUCAAGUACCACCGCCUCAUGAAAAUCUCCCGCCGACAUAAAAUCGAGGAGAUGGACAUCAUCAAGAGGCACCCGAAGCGCAUCCUGUCCGUACCGCAGCCGUGCGCUGACCACGUGGGAAAGGACAUCGAGCUCUUCUGCGCCGAUCACAACACGCUGUGCUGCGUCAUGUGCGUGGCCACGGAGCACCGCCGAUGUGAGAAGGUGGCGUCUAUUGAAAAGCUGGCCAAACAGCUCGAGGAGGGAGCCGUCACGGAGGAGUUGGUAGAUAAGCUCAACUCGUACUUGGAUCAUCUGAAGACGAUGCGAAAGGACCGGGAAGGGAACAUCGAGGCGCUCAAUGGUAAGAAGAACGGCAUUCUGGAACAGAUCUCGAACUACAAGGAGAAUAUUAAUAUCCUGCUGGAGAAACUUGAAGCGACUCUCGCUGAAAAAUUCGACGCAAUCCAUGCCAAGGAGACGACGAAGCUGAAAUCGGAAGUUGAUUGGUGCGAAGCGCUGUCAAGCGCUGUGGAGAACGCGAAGACCGUCCUGACCGUCACAAACCGCCAUUGCUCGAACGCUCAGGUCUUCAUCACGGUCCAGCAGUGUAUCGAGCGCUCAAUCAAGUACGAAGACCAAAUCGCCAAGGAGCAGACGGAGAAAUUCGAGCUGAUAGACUACAGCUUCGAGAUUGACAAUGCUUUCGAGGCGUUCCUGCAGUCUCUGGUCAGCGUUGAGACAUUCGGGAAGGUUCUCACCCACAGACGCCGCGCGUUCAUUCCAUCGGCGCCAGGACUUAAACUGCUACGAGACCGCCACGCAGAGAAAGAGAUCGAGUUCAGCUGCAAAACGCCGACUGAUACCCGGAACUGUUGUCUGUCAUCUGUUCUCUUCUUGUCCGACCGACGCAUGCUGAUCGCGGAUCAGAAUAAUCAGAAAAUCAAGCUUUUCAAGGACGAUGGGAAUCUUAUUUACGAGCAGACGUUUACGACAUGGCCACGUGACUUUACAGAGCUAGGAGACAAUAAGAUCGCCGUCACGUUGCCAAAAGAACGCAAAGUCGAGAUCUUCUACCUCGGUGAACGCCUGAAGAAUAUAGAGACCAUUCGAAUGAUGGACGAAUGCUGGGGAAUAACGUUCACGAAGUCGAACCUUAUUGUCGGCUGUAUAGGUGCGGAGAAAGGAAAUUUGAAAAUCCUCACCGUAGAUGGUACUGAAAUAGAUACCAUUGAGGACGACCCAUCGGGCAGACGACUUUUCAUCAAGACCAAUUACGUCACCACAAACGUUUCGGGGAAAGAAGUCUACGUCACAGACCGGACCAAAGACGCUGUCGUCGCAUUGGUUCUGCGCAGGAAAGCUGGAAAGCUGGCGAUUCCGGAAGAUCAGGGUCCCAAGCGCAACAUGGUUCCCAAUAAACCCAGGAUUCGAUCCAGCACCGCGCUUGGGGACGGUAAGGACAAUAAAGGCGGGACGAUGACAGAGCGGCUAUCAAGGACCGAGCUGUCCAAGACGCUUCCUUCGUUUGAGGACCACAACAAAGGGCAGAUGAAACUUCGUGAUUCCGCGAGUUCGCCAAUCAAUUUAAUGAACGAAGCUUUCGACGAGCGGCUUGAAGAAUCCUACGACACGCGCGAGAAAGAGCAGAAGAACACUUCCCACGGCUCUCUGAGGACCGAGGACCUCGACGCGACGGCUAGAGCAUCGCCUAUCGAGCGCGUUGACUCGAGAUCGACCUUUAGCGACCGCGAACAAGACGAUAAGGUCGACUACGAUGUGUUGUAUUCGUACUCUAAUGAUAUUCUCAAGUCGGCAGGUGGCGUAGCGGUAGAUCACCAAGGCAACAUCUACGUGGCAGGUUACAGAUCGUCCAACGUGCACCAGAUCUCGCCAGGCGGCGCUCUCAUCAAGAUAAUUCUACAGAAUCUGGCCCAGCCCCUGGCGAUCAGUACCGAGCCGUUCGGAGAGCGUUUCGCGAUCACGGAGACCACUUCUGCUCGUCAAAAUUACGUGCAAAUUUAUCGUCUGGUAUAAAGUAUACAUGCAUACAAUUUAUCAACGUAUUAUGUAAUCAGCAGGAUUUGACUUAAAAUUUAUGUUUAGGAUGUAAUUAGCUGCUUUAUCUGGUCUAAUGUUUAGAUAAGUUUAUGUUGAUUGAGUGAGCAUCGUUUAACAUAUUAUGAGAAAACAUUUGAAUACGUAGAAUACCAACCUGACUAUGUACUUUCUUUAAAACAUAUUGUUACGUAGAAAAAAGUUUUGUCUGUAAAACAUCUUGUUAAAAAAUGUUGUUAAGACUAUGUAGUCGCAUAUAGACCGUUUUGGGCAUAUAUGCAUUAAAUACAGUAGUGUCAUGUGCUAUGUACCGCCAGUGUGAGAAUGUGAUUGUUUCGUGUUUUUGUUUUGGUAAUAGAUGUGCAUCAAUAGACGUGCUUAUAUACUUGCAGUUAAAAUGGUUUGUGGGU